AUGGAAGAAUCUCGCGAUACCAGCACUCUCAAUAUAAAUUUACGCGGCAAAGAAGUCAGAGUUCUUUUGCCUGCCAGAUUUGACUACAUCCACGGAGGUCACGCUAAACUUAUCACCGAAAUCCAAAAUAAAUUCAAAAAAGUGCAUCUGGUCCUUGGCUUGAUUGUUGAAGACACAAAUACCUCGCUUCUUUCUCUGACUGAAAAAGUAGAAACCCUAAAGCACUUCAAAGGAAUCGACGAAAUCAGAACACUUAAAGGAGAGGUAACGGCUGAAACCUUAAAAGCGCUGAAGGUAGAUUACGUUGCAACUGCAACCGCAUCUGAGAUCUCGGUUGAUAUACCAGAAAAGGUCCUUGAGUUCCCUAAAGAGCUUGAUAUAGACACAGAUGAAAUUAUCAUUAGGGCAAUUCGAAAUUAUGACACUCUAGUAGGGAAGCUAUUGAAUGAAGGAUAUGAUCCACAUGAAAUUGGGGUCUCCAAAGCAAAGGUCAUGCAGAUUAAGCUGAAGAAAAAAUUGAGAAAGUUGGCAAGGGUCAUGAAGACGAAAGGGGUGGAAUAUGGAAGGAAGGCCGAAGAGAUUGUUGAUUACACAAGGACAAGCUUAAGGGAGUUUGUUACAGAUUUGACUGAAAAAAGCGAAAAUGCUGUUGCAAAGUGGGCUUCAAAGUGUGGAAAUCGCGUGAAAAACUUAAUUACGCUUGCAAAAGAAGGGUGGGAAAGGCUAGAUUAG